GCCGAGCUCUAAAGGUAGGGCAGAUAAUAUAUUUAUGGGCCUCUUUCCACUUUUUACCAGUCCAUCUAACGGGUUGUUUGCCUUGUUCUAUUUGCAGCGCACCUCUGGCUGAGAGAAGCGCCACAGGCAUGCGUCGCAGUUAGACACUCGUCCAGCUACAAGUAUGUGACAAAAGAUGUGGAGGACACUCCAUUUGAUGCCCGCUCAGUGAACGACAGAAAUGCAACAACCCUUUUUCUCACCGAGAUGAUCAGAGGUCUCGCAGUGACACUGUCGGCGUUCUUCCGAGAGCCAGUGACCCUGAUGUACCCAUUCGAGAAAGGUCCUUUGAGUCCUCGGUUCAGGGGGGAACACGUCUUACGUCGCUACCCUAAUGGAGAGGAGAGGUGCAUUGCCUGCAAGCUGUGUGAGGCUGUCUGCCCCGCUCAGGCCAUCACGAUAGAGGCGGAGACGAGGGCGGACGGUAGCAGGAGGACCACGAGAUACGACAUCGACAUGACCAAGUGUAUCUACUGCGGCUUCUGUCAGGAGGCCUGUCCGGUCGACGCCAUCGUUGAGGGUCCAAACUUUGAGUUUUCGACAGAGACGCACGAGGAGCUACUCUACAACAAGGAGAAACUGCUCAGCAAUGGAGACAAGUGGGAGAAAGAGAUUGCCACUAACAUACAGGCAGACCAUCUCUACCGCUAGCCAGCCACCACCACCACCACACACACUGAUUACUGCUCAUCAGGAGAUAUGUUCAUGUCUGUCUACACUUCAUUAUUUGUGUGUGUCGUGUGCCAUUAUAGUGUAUUUAUGCUAAGUCAGUAUCAGGUCGCUAGACUGUAAAUGGUUAUUGAUGCAAUGUGCUGGUUUCGCAUCACUCGAAUAUGAUGUUUUGAUGACCGUAGCAGAAUGUGGAGCCAAAGGGGUUAAUGCUGUUAGUGGAGGAAGACCUGUUGAGGACGA